AUGUCCAGUACGACAAGUGAACCAGUCUCCCUCGAGAAUUCCCAUUUGGGGGAAGCCGAUACUUUCAACGUACGCCGCCUCAACGAUGACUGGACUCUCCAAUGUGGUUCAUGUUCAGCUCCAGGAAGCAUUAUAGCAGUUUUGUCCAGUUUGACUCCCGCGGGCGCAUCUUCUUACACGUUCACGCGGUCCAAUGAUAAUGCCGUAUCGGGGACCUUCCACUCCACCGAUGCGACACUUACGGAACCGUUCACUACGGGUGUUAGUCCGAUGGGGCUUGAUUGGAUAUAUGAAGAGCUCCUACAAUCCCCCGAUGCAUUCACGCACUCAAACUUGGAACGUGCCGCGUUGACCGCAACGGUAUUCGAGCUUCGAGGGAUCGCCGAGCCACAGAGGGCCAGAAACGGUGCCCUCCCUGGUCAGCCUCCGAGCGGUCAAACGACUGUCCAAGCCUGCAUGGACAUGGACGACGAGUUUACUCAAGUCGACUAUCCGGACUUCUACUUUCCGGAAAUUCAUUCUUGGGCGAAAUGGCAACCUGACAAUGUCAUCGCCAGUCUCUAUCGGGUUGGCGGACCUCUCCUUCAACGAGAAAGCUCGAUGGAGUCGCUUUACGAAUUCAAAUUGACAGUGGACGAUACUCUCACCAUCUCUACGCGUCACCCGGAAGUUGAGGCCGCUUGGCAUACCUCGGCUGAGAGGCUUAAGCUCCAUCGCGACAAGGGAAAAGACUUCAAACUGGUCGAUGUGAUUUGCUUCUUGCAGACCGACGUGAUACUACCGGAACUACCUAUUCCGGCUGAGGAAGUCGCUGCUCUUAAGGAUUGCGUAUAUAAGGUUGCUGAGGAUGCUGUCGAGAGACUCCAGCACCCAACCUUCGUCCUACUUCGGGCUCGCAGUCCCGUCUUGCAGUGCGAACUGAACACACUCACGUUAUGCCUUCGAAGAGAGAAAGGAGAUCAAUCUACUGUGGCGAUCAAGCAUAGGUUGAAUCCCGACAUUGACGUUUUGAUAUACGGUCGAAUAUCGCCAGUUAUGACCACGGAAACGCAAACGGCCGUGGAGAUCUCUGUCACAUACAUGUGUGAUGGAGAGCUAAUAACGCCGCCACACCCAUACAAGAUUCGUGAAAAUAUAUCGGAGCUUAACGCGCAUGGAGUCUACUUCUGCCGCAGAGGUCUUGGGGAUGCCGGGAAAAUUCUCGUACUCCCUGAAGAGGCGACACCACUAUUUUUCCCCCCGACACGGUAUACCAUGAUGGAAACCCAAUCCGCAGGCGAGCCAGAAACCCCAAACCAAGACGACCACGACUCAGCCAUAGGUGAUCUCUCAAGCGAAGUCUUCACCUCCAGGUCUACAUCAUUAUCGUCUAGUUUUUACGAAUAUCCUACCGAGUACGGGCGGACUUACCAUGUACCACAAAGGGGAGUCUUCUAUCCCUUCCCCAAUGACGAAAAGGAGAAGGCCAGGCUAGAUCUCAGCCACGCGAUGUACUUGACAAUGAACGACUCUCGACUGCACAUAUGCCCCGUCGUCAGUCCGGCAAGGGUGCUCGAUGUCGGCACCGGAACAGGCAUAUGGGCAUUAGGUUUUGCAGACCAGUGUCCGGAGGCGACCGUAAUAGGGAUAGACAUCAGCCCUAUUCAGCCAACCUGGACCGCACCGAAUUGCACAUUCUACCUACGGGAUUUCCAACAGGACUGGGGCUUCCCCGAUCCAUUCGACUUCAUAUAUGCCCGAGAUUUGUUCUGCUCCCUCCAAUCCCCGGUUCGGCUCCUCCGACAGGCUUUUGAGAAUCUUCGGCCAGGGGGCUGGUUCGAAGUUCAGGAUUUUGGUCUACCAAAAUCGGAUGAUGGCACGAUCAAACUUGGCAGCCGUUAUCAGGAUUGGACCAAUCUCUACCGUCAAGCCAUGCAAAAAGUCGACCGCGAUCCAGAACUGGCUCAAAAGUACGGAGACAUGAUGGGGAAAGUUGGAUUCAUCAAUGUCAGCACAGUUACACGAAAGGUACCUCACAACACGUGGCCCAAAAAUAAGCAACUUAAAACACUUGGUUCGAUGAAUCGUCUCAACAUCCAUGAGGGCUUGGAAGGGUUCUCUUUGCGACCGUUCUGCGGCAUUCUGGAAAUGUCAGAGACGAGGGUUUACGCCAUGCUAGCUGAGAUGAGAAGGGAACUCAAUGAUCGAAAGAUCCAUGCGUACACCCCAGUGUAA